AUGGAGGACUCUCGCGGUGGCGAGCGCUAUCUGAUUGAGCGGCUGUUGAACCACCGCGAUGUGAACGGACGUCGGACGAGUUACCUCGUCCGGUGGCGCGGCUAUCCCCCGUCCUGGGAUACUUGGGAGCCCCGCUCCCAACUGAUGAUUGACGUACUGGGUCUGGUUGAGCAGUACGACGCGGCACAUCCUGUGCCGCAGAAGGACCGCCGGAGAAAGUCUUCCCGGUACGGUCAUAAAGGGAUUUCAAUUUGUCAAUCCCUUCGUACAUCUCACUAG